GAGCCCGCGGCGGGUUUGCCGAGCUCAGUGGCCGGCGCUGGCAGGAGCGAGGGCCGCGGCGCCCGGAGCCGGAGGUGGAGCGGGGCGGCGCGCGGCCGGGGCCAUGACGGGCAAUGCCGGGGAGUGGUGCCUCAUGGAGAGCGACCCCGGGGUCUUUACCGAACUCAUUAAAGGAUUUGGUUGCCGAGGCGCCCAAGUAGAAGAAAUAUGGAGUUUAGAGCCUGAGAAUUUUGAAAAAUUAAAGCCAGUUCAUGGGUUGAUUUUUCUUUUCAAGUGGCAACCAGGAGAAGAACCAGCAGGCUCUGUGGUUCAGGACUCCAGACUGGACACAAUCUUUUUUGCCAAGCAGGUAAUUAAUAAUGCUUGUGCUACUCAAGCCAUAGUAAGUGUGUUAUUGAACUGUACUCAUCAAGAUGUCCAUUUAGGAGAGACAUUAUCAGAGUUUAAAGAAUUUUCACAAAGUUUUGAUGCAGCUAUGAAAGGUUUGGCGCUGAGUAAUUCAGAUGUCAUCCGACAAGUGCACAACAGUUUUGCCAGACAGCAAAUGUUUGAGUUUGACGCUAAGACAGCAGCAAAAGAAGAAGAUGCUUUUCACUUUGUCAGUUAUGUUCCUGUUAAUGGGAGACUGUAUGAACUAGAUGGAUUAAGAGAAGGACCGAUUGACUUAGGUGCAUGCAAUCAAGAUGACUGGAUCAGUGCAGUGAGGCCAGUCAUAGAAAAAAGGAUACAAAAGUACAGUGAAGGUGAAAUUCGAUUUAACUUAAUGGCUAUUGUGUCUGACAGAAAAAUGAUAUAUGAACAGAAGAUAGCAGAGUUACAAAGACAACUUGCUGAGGAGGAACCCAUGGAUACAGAUCAGGGCAGUAAUAUGUUAAGUGCUAUUCAGUCAGAGGUUGCCAAAAAUCAGAUGCUUAUUGAAGAGGAAGUACAGAAAUUAAAAAGAUACAAGAUUGAAAAUAUCAGAAGGAAGCACAAUUAUCUGCCAUUCAUUAUGGAAUUGUUAAAGACUUUAGCAGAACACCAGCAGUUAAUACCACUAGUAGAAAAGGCAAAAGAAAAGCAGAAUGCAAAGAAAGCACAGGAAACCAAAUGAAGAAGAUGCUUUGGGAUGUGCAUACAUUUCUGCUUCUGCGCUUAUCUUCAUGGAAACCAUUAAGUAUAAAGAACCUUGAGCAACUUUCUCACUGACUCAGUGCACGUUUGGCAAUAGUACCAGUCUGUCUUGUCUUUAAUGCAUGGAUUCAUAAACUAUCCCUACCUGCAUCAUAUGCAUGUGGUGCAUACUAAAUAAAAGCGGUGUUCAGAGCACUUGCCCAAAUUCCAUUAUUUGACAUUGGAUCUGAGCACUCCUGUUGGUUCUUUGGGUAGAUAACUGCUAUAAUGAACCGAGAAAAUGGACAAAUGCUAUUCUCUACCUGUAAUUGUUAUAAUUAAUCUUUCAUUCAAUCUUCCAGCUCAGUUAAAUACUUAAAAUUUAUAAAUGUCAGAUCUUGAUUAAACUGAA